AUGAGCUUCUGCAUGAGGAGAGACGCCCCGCGACUCCGGCAGGAGGAGGAGUUUCAGACCGGAGAGGAGUUCAUUACCACCGCAAGUGCGGUCAAAAUAGAGAGUGUGUGCGAGGAUGAUGAAGACAUCGCGAGGAGAUCCCUGGAGGAUGGCCAUGUGGACAUGGUAUUUCCAGGGACCGUGAUGCACUAUAGCUGUUGCACGUUCGUCUGUGAGCUUCUGAAGUGUGUCCUGUACCAGACACAACAGCUGCCCAUGACCUACGACGAGAUGGUCGUCUUCCAAAAUCAGCAACUCGAAACCACACAGGAGAGAAAACUGGAGGAAGGCGAUGUUAGGAAACCCAUCAAGUCAUCAGGAGACUUAACUUGGCAGCGGUGUCAGCGGACACUGCGAGUUCUGGACGAGGUGCUUGAACACCUGGAAGAGCUGUUCUCCCUCAGUUAUGUCCCCAGUGUGCUCUUCAUCCUCGGAAGCUCUGGAAUUCUUCCUACAGAGGUGUACGAGGUCAACAUGGAGGCUUUGGUGCUGGAAGGCAGUGAGCGGAGUUUGGAAACAUCCCUGUGUCUGAGGCAGCUGUUUCGCACCCUUUUCACAGAGGACCUGUUUUCUGAAGUUAAGACAGUGCGCCUCAUGGGCACCACGGUCAUGGCGCUUGCCCAUCGCAACUGUGGUGUGGAAUGGUUUAAGCCCAAAGUUGACUUUAGGCUUCCCACAAAGGUGAAGAGAAAGGCGAUCGUGUUAUCCAGUGGUGAGUCUGGAAGUGGCCAGAGGAAGCCUGAAACAAGAGACUCAGAUGAUUAUAUAUGGUUUCAAACACCUGUAACUAUUAAGGGUUUUUGUAAGUAGAAUGGGAAUAAAGCCAGUUCCUCAAUUAUCUAGCACACUUGGAGUGUAUGGAAGUACAACAGUGCCAACAUUUGCAAAAUACAAUGGAAAAGUCUUGGUCUUAGUAAAUUGCUGUUCAAAAAUGUAUUGAAUUGUUAAAAAUAUUGAAAAAUACUAAUGU